UGCCCUCCUUUCAGAAACCCCGUAGUCGGCAGUAGGCGGAAGCUUCAACAAAUAGGUCCAAAAUGGCAGGAGCCGAUGGAGACGAUUCGCUCUACCCCAUAGCCGUUUUAAUCGACGAACUUCGAAAUGAAGACGUCCAGUUGCGGCUGAACAGCAUUAAGAAGCUGUCCACCAUCGCGUUGGCGUUAGGAGUGGAGAGGACUCGCACAGAACUCCUUCCCUUCCUCACUGACACCAUCUACGAUGAGGAUGAGGUCCUGCUGGCUUUGGCUGAGCAGCUGGGCAACUUCACCAUGCUUGUGGGAGGCCCUGAAUACGUCCACUGCCUCCUGCCCCCACUGGAGAGCCUGGCCACUGUGGAGGAGACUGUGGUGCGGGACAAGGCAGUGGAGUCACUGCGUAAGAUCUCCCAGGAGCACUCGCCUGUGGACCUGGAGGUGCACUUUGAGCCCCUGGUGAAGCGCCUGGCCAGCGGAGACUGGUUCACCUCCCGCACCUCCGCCUGCGGCCUCUUCAGCGUCUGCUACCCCCGCGUCUCCAGCACUGUCAAGGCUGAGAUCAGGCAGCAUUUCCGCACCCUGUGCUCUGAUGACACCCCGAUGGUGAGGCGGGCAGCUGCCUCCAAGCUGGGAGAGUUUGCCAAGGUUCUGGAGCUGGAGUACGUCAAGAGUGACAUCAUCUCCCUCUUCACUGCACUGGCCUCUGAUGAGCAGGACUCUGUGCGUCUGCUGGCGGUGGAGGCGUGCGUGAGCAUCGCCCAGCUGCUGCCCCAAGAGGAGCUGGAGUCGCUGGUCAUGCCCACCCUGCGCCAGGCGGCCGAGGACAAGUCCUGGAGGGUGCGCUACAUGGUGGCCGACAAGUUCUCCGAGUUGCAAAAGGCAGUCGGGCCAGAGAUCACUAAGAAUGACCUGGUCCCCGCUUUCCAGAACCUUCUGAAGGACUGUGAGGCAGAGGUCCGUGCAGCUGCAGCCAACAAAGUCAAAGAGUUCUGUGAGAAUUUGCCUGAGGACGGCAGGGAGACCAUCAUCAUGACUCACAUUCUGCCCUGUGUGAAGGAGCUGGUGUCGGACACCAACCAACAUGUAAAGUCAGCAUUGGCAUCAGUCAUCAUGGGCCUGUCCACCAUCCUUGGGAAGGACAACACCGUGGAGCACCUGCUGCCCCUGUUCCUGGCCCAGCUCAAGGACGAGUGCCCUGAGGUGCGCCUGAACAUCAUCUCCAACCUGGACUGUGUGAAUGAGGUGAUUGGCAUCCGCCAGCUUUCCCAGUCCCUGUUGCCCGCCAUCGUGGAGCUGGCCGAGGACGCCAAGUGGAGGGUGCGCCUCGCAAUCAUCGAGUACAUGCCCCUCCUGGCAGGACAACUGAUGGGCGUGGAGUUCUUUGACGAGAAGCUCAACUCCCUCUGCAUGGCUUGGCUCGUUGACCAUGUGUAUGCCAUCCGGGAGGCUGCCACCAACAACCUGAAGAAGCUGGUGGAGAAGUUUGGCCCUGAGUGGGCACAGAACACUAUCGUGCCCAAAGUGCUGGGCAUGGCCAACGACCCAAACUACUUGCACCGCAUGACCACGCUGUUCUGUGUCAAUGCGCUGUCUGAGGUGUGUGGGCAGGACAUCACCACAAAGCACAUGCUCCCCGUUGUGCUGAAGAUGGCCAACGACCAGGUGGCCAAUGUGCGCUUCAACGUGGCCAAAUGCCUGCAGAAGAUCGGACCUGUCCUGGACAGCAAUUCUCUCCAGGCGGAGGUGAAGCCAGUACUGGAGAAGUUGGCCACAGAUCAGGACAUGGAUGUCAAGUACUUUGCCCUGGAAGCCAUCAGCGUCCUCUCCCUGGCCUGAAGCUUCCUCGGCGUUCCCCAGCAGUCAAGCGCAACGGAACAACACACACCUGUUGCGUCUAUUUAUUGAUCUUGUUGAGCGCUCCCAGAUCUGUCUAUCUAGUUUUGGUUCCGUUUCUUCCUCUGCUAAUUUUCCUGUGCUGACCAUCGCUACCUUUCGCUCCGCUCCCCUCUGGUCUGGUUGCUGGUGAUUUGUGUCACCUGAGAAGCACCUGUCCAGCAGCUCUAGUGUCCCUUCCUGACCUGCAUGGGCCGCUGCAGAGCACAGAGAAUGUGUGUGUGUGUGUAUGUAUAUAAUGUGAAGCACCCGUCAGCUCUAAAUCUGGUAUGAUGAGUGUGUAAAAGUGUGUGUGAGUUUGUGAUGAGUGUGAGUUUGUCUAAUGGUUAUUUGGUGCUUCUGAAGGGUGCUGCUUCAGAUGCUACUCUAGACAGCAGAUGAUGCCUGUCUUGUCCACAUUACGGCUCGCUCUGUGUAAGUGUGUGUGCCUAGGCUGCUUCCUCUGGCUGUCUCCACUUGUGUGUCAGCAGCAGAUGCUUUCUGUGUGUGUAUGUUUGUGAGCGCCUGAGUGUGUGUGUGUUCGGCGUCCUGGCUUCCAGAGGCGUUGGCCGCUACGCCACGCAGACGGUUUUCUGCUCCUCCCAUCUGUCUCCCCCCCCCCCGCUUCCCUCGCUUUCCCCCUGAUGUAAGGGACCAUCUCUCAGAUGAGUAUUUGUCGGCAUAGACCCCCCCCACACACACACACACACACACACUCCAUGCUUCUUGGAGUGUUGAGUACAGUUGUGUAUAUAUACUGGCUCUUAUUUUUUUUUUUUUUUCUGCUUUGAAAAAAAUUCCGGAGACGCUUGGUGUUUCAGUUUCAAUCUUAAUCUUUGUGCCAAUUAAGAAGAACUUUUUUUUGUUUUUUAAUUUGUUUUUAAGUGAUUUGAUGACAGUAUUUGUCCUGUUUUGUUAUUUUUGUGUGAUUGCUUUAUCCAUACGGGAGACAAUCGCACGUCUGAGGCGGGUUUGGGUACCAGAAGGAUGGGCAGAAGCAAGGGAUUCUGGGAAGGCAGUAUUUUUAAAGAGGGUUGUGGGAGUGAUGUCACUUCCUGAUUGUACAAUGAGCUGUUCAUGUACCUAUCCCACAAUCCCUUGUCUUAGGGGCCUCAUAUUCCCUCUGGUAGCGGGGUGUGUGGAUUCAUGGGGAUUGUAUUGUUUGUACCGUUAUAGAUGACUACAGCCAACACUGUAUGGAAAACUGAAUAAAAACUCACAAAAAGA